UUAAUUUAUCAAUACAAAUUAUUAUUGUUAAUUAAUAAUAACGAAUGUAGCUUAGUUAUUCUGUGCAUUAUUAUUAAGAAAUAAAAGCUUAAACUGGUUUUAUUUGCAAAUAAGUCAUAUUUUGCCAUUUCGCUUUCGCUCCCAAAUUCGCAUCCCUUGAAUAACAAAAAUGAGCGACCACCAAUCAACGAAUCGAAGUAAGCCCAAGACAGACAUUUCAUCUCCCAGAGAUGCCAAUCCCGAUCCCGAGCUAGACGUGACCAGCGAGAAAUUCAAUCCCCUGAGGGCCUUGUACGCGCCCAACUACAAGAUAACGGAUGCAGUUCCCAAGGUUCUCUACCAGAAUCUCGCCGCUUUCGAGAGUGCCCUCAACAAGUUUGGCAUCUGGCAGUUGAACAAGCGACAGAAAUCGGAAACUGGAUCGAAGAAUCAAAAAGAACAGGUACAGAAGGAAAAGCCCUCCACAUCCAAAACGUCUGCUGCAGCUAUCGCAGAAGUCCCUCAGCGCCGCUUCGAGCUGCAUCAAAUGCCCAUAACCAGCACAUCGAACAAGAAGCACCAACGCAACAUUUUCACCUACAUGGAGACGAGCGUUGGUCCGAUGGCACUGCUCAAGAAGUGUGUGCCGCUUUCGAAAGCGAAGGACCCCAUGCCCUUAACACGAAGAAUUCGAGUCCGUGUAGUCAUCCGAAAACAAGGUGUGAUGGGCGGCAGCGUGGAAGGUGAACUACUCGCCUUCGACAAGCAGUGGAAUCUCCUUCUUCGAAAUGCCACAGAGACCUGGAAGCGUCGGAAAUUCAGCUACGGACAUCAAAACAUCUGUGACACACCUGUGGAUUGCAGCGACCGGCUCAAGGAGCUGGGCAUCACGCUGCCCAGGAUGCAAGUAAAGAGUCUGAACAGAAAGAACGUAGAGAUAAUCCGCGAAUUACCACAGGUCUUGAUUCGCGGUGAAAAUGUCGUUCUUGUUAAUUUAAUAGAUAAGCCAAAAUAAGA